ACUCUGAGGCUGUAACUUCGACAGUCCGGUGAGAGAAGCGGAGAAGGCAGGCUCCAGCCUAUCUGGUCGAGAGGCAUAGCUGUCGUCUGGUUAAAUCUCAUCCUUUCCCCAGAUUUCCUUGAGUUCUGCUAGAGUCUUCACUUGUGUGUGAUUUCCUGCCUACUUCUCUUCCUCCUGAAGGCAAGUCUCAGACUCAAACCUGAGAACUCGGAGACCAUGUCUGCAGAAUUCUUUUCAUCUACAAGAGAGGAGGGAAGCCCUGGCUCAGGACCUAGUUUUAGGUCCAAUCAGAGGAAGAUAUUAAACCUGCUCCUGGAGAGAGAUACUUCCUUUUCCAUCAGUUCAGAUCUCCCUAGAACCCCAGUGGAGAAGAAACUUUUUGGUGAUUCUGCAAACCUAAGCAUUUUGUCUGGAGAAACCCCAAAACGUUGCCUUAAUCUUUCGAAUCUUAGCAGCGGGGAGAUGUCUGCCACUCAGUUUACUACUUCUUCAGACCUUGAUGAAACUGGUCACUUGGAUUCCACAGGACCUGAGGAAAUACAGUUAGCUGGGAUGAAUUAUCACCAACACCUUGUAAAAUGCAGCCCAGCACAGCUGCUUUGUAGCACUCCGAAUGCUUUGGACCAUGGCCACAGGAAGAAAGAUGCAAUAUGUAGCUCAUCUGCAAAUAAAGAGAAUGACAAUGGAAACUUGGUGGAAAGUGAAAUGAAACAUCUGGACAGUCCUAUUACUACAGUUUCAAAAUUAGAUAAAAAUCCAGAGCUAGGAGAAAACCAGACAGAGGAGAUUUCAGAUGAAUUGAUGGAGUUUUCUCUGGAAGAUCAAGAAGAGGCCAAGGCAUCUGUGAACAGGAGCUGCCUGUAUCGCUCCUCUUCGUUGCCAGACAGUUUGAACAGUCCAGGACUGAAGCAGAUGGUAAAAUUCAGGGACAACACAAUACCAGAUAAAGUAAAAAAGAAGUAUUGUUCUAGCCACAAAGAGCUCAGGAAGGGUUUAGGUAUAAAGAAAAUGGUCUCCCUCUGUGACAUUAAUAUGACUCAGAUGCUGGAGGAAGAUUCUAACCAGGGGCCUCUGAUUGGUGAUUUCUCCAAGGUAUGUGCACUGCCGACCGUGUCAGGGAGACACCAAGAUCUGAAGUACGUCAACCCAGAAACAGUGGCUGCCUUGCUUUUGGGGAAGUUCCAGGGUCUGAUAGAGAUAUUUUAUAUCAUCGAUUGCCGCUAUCCAUAUGAGUACCUGGGAGGACACAUCCAGGGAGCUUUAAACUUGUACAGUCAAGAAGAACUGUAUAACUUCUUUCUGAAGAAACCCAUUGUCCCUUUGGAUACUCAGAAAAGAAUAAUCAUUGUGUUCCACUGUGAAUUCUCCUCAGAGAGGGGUCCCCGCAUGUACCGCUCUCUGAGACAAGAGGACAGGGCUGUGAACCAGUAUCCUGCACUGUACUACCCAGAGCUGUAUAUCCUCAAAGGGGGCUACAGAGACUUCUUUCCAGAAUAUAUGGAGCUGUGCGAACCACAGAGCUACUGCCCUAUGCAUCACCAGGACCAUAAGGCUGAGCUGCUGAGGUGUCGAAACCAGAGCAAAGCAUGGGAAGGGGAGCGGCAGCUGCAGGAACAGAUUGCCUUGCUGGUGAAGGAUGUGAGCCCAUGAUAUCAGAUCACCCACUGGCUGCCUAGGACUCACCAAAAGACACUGUAGAAACCUAAGCAGAAAGAGGCCAUCUUCUAUGCAGCUAAACCCAAGAUGUUAAAAGAUGUCAGCAAACCAACAGGCUGCCAAGCUACUGAAAUCCCAGGCCUGGGGACUGGUUAGGUGUCAGUAGAGCUCCUGGCUGGUGGGAAGUCCUGGAGCUGGCUCUAUAAGGCUGGAGCCUUGGGUUGCAUAGAGAUUUGUGUUGCUUCAGGGAGCUGUUCCUAACUGCUUGAGUCUCCUCAGAGGUCAGCCACAUCUUUUUCCCUGUGGGCUUCUGGCUAUGCAAGAGAGAGUUGCCCAUCUUCUUUCUCUAUAUUUUCCUUCUUUGUUUCCCUCUCUCUCCUUUUUUUAAAAUGGGAAAAUAAACAUUGAAGAAUGAGAAAUGCGAUUGUGAGCCCAGUCUGUUCCUAGAAGAUGUGUAUAAGGAAGUAAUCACCACAUUAAACUCCUUUGGACAAAGAUGUAGCCAUCUCUAUUCAUAGCUGAGGCCUAGGUGCUUUUCUCCAGAACAUGGUUCUCAAAGUUUGGGCCCUGGUCCAUCAGCAUCAUCUGAACUUGCUUGAAAUGCAAAUUUUCACAGCCCACUCCAGACCUACUAAAUCAGAACAUCUGAGGUUAGGGCCCAGAAAUCUGGGUUUUAAAAAUCUCCUUUUCAGGUGAUUCUGAUACAUGAAAGGCUUGAGAACCACAGCUCUGGAAUUAAGGAAAACCUUUUUAA